AUGGCGGUUAUUUUAGCAAUGAUGUCAAGGGAACAAAGACGAAAUGCUUUGCCCCGUGAACCUGCUUCGGUUAGGGAUAUUCAUCGAAGUGCACACAUGACUCGGAUAUUAGAUGGUGGUGUCCACAACUGUGUUGAAUACAUACGGAUGUCUAAGGACACCUUUCUCAAACUUUACGCUAUUCUAAGGGAAUGUGGUCAUUUGAGAGAUACCAUUCAUGUCGCCGUUGAGGAACAAGUCGCAUUGUUCUUGCACAUUGUAGGACACCAUGCAAAGAACAGGGCAAUGAAAAUUGAUUUUAUUAGAUCAGGGGCAACUGUGAGAAGAUAUUUUAAUGAUGUGCUUCGAGCAAUUUGUAGCAUUAGAGAUUUAUUUGUCAAACAACCGGACACAUCAAUACAUCCUGAUAUAGAAUUCAACCCAAAUUUCUAUCCUUUUUUUAAGGAUUGCAUUGGCUUUAUUGAUGGGACUCAUAUAGAUGCGAGGGUCAGUGCAAAUUUAGUUAGCAAAUUUCGGGGCCGCAAGGGCAUUACACAGAAUGUCCUAGCAGCAUGUGACUUGGAUUUAAAAUUUACAUACAUUCUUGCCGGUUGGGAAGGUUCGGCAAAUGAUUAUCUUGUAUUGAAGGAUGCAUUAUCACGACCACCACCAUAUGGGUUGCAUAUUCCUUCAGGAAAAUACUACCUUGUUGAUGCCGGAUACACAACAACACAAGGUUUCAUAUCUCCUUAUCGGAAAGUUAGAUAUCAUUUAAGAGAACAAGUAGGCCGAAGGCCCCAAAAUGCAAAGGAGCUUUUCAACCUUCGUCAUUCUCAACUUAGAUCAAGAAUAGAAAGAGCUUUUGGGAUUUUAAAGAGUCGGUUUCGGAUUUUGGACUCAAGGCCAUUUUUUCCUUUUAAUGCCCAAGUGGAUCUUGUUCUUGGAUGUUGUGUGUUGCAUAAUUUUGUGAGAGAAAUUGAUCCCAAUGAUAUAAUAGCCCAUGAAGGUGUAGGUAAUGAAGAUGAAAUACCUACAAAUGAUAGCCCUAACACGUUAGGUGAACGACGUGAGGCUCAAAGUCGAUGGAGAGAACUAUGUGAGAACAUCAAAGAUGAAAUGUGGCAUGACUAUGUUUCACGCGGUUGCACAUCACAAGUGCCACUGUAA